GAGAGGAAGAACUGCUUAUUCUCUCCCGCGUAAUUCAGGUUUACGGCCUAGCGGGUUCUCAGGAGCUGCGAGUGUGCCGCUGCUUCUCUGCUCACGGAUAUCGCUCCUUUUUUUUCCCGAAUUUGGAAUCGAGUGAGUUUUCUGACAUUUCAGCGCAGAACCCAGGGGUUCUUGGAGAGGAAAUUGGUCCGAGAGGAGCUGGACUGACCAUAGAAAUGAGUCGUGCAGAUGCCCUCGAUGAUGAAGAUACAUUUAAAAUCUUAGUUGCAACGGACAUUCAUUUGGGAUAUAUGGAGAAAGAUGCAGUCAGAGGAAAUGAUACAUUUGCCACACUUGAUGAAAUUUUAAGACUUGCCCAGGAAAAUGAAGUGGACUUUAUUUUGUUAGGUGGUGACCUUUUUCAUGAAAAUAAACCCUCAAGAAAAACAUUACAUGCCAGCCUUGAGUUAUUAAGAAAAUAUUGCAUGGGUGACCAUCCUGUACAGUUUGAAAUUAUCAGUGAUCAGUCGGUCAACUUUGGUUUUAGUAAGUUUCCAUGGGUGAACUACCAAGAUGGCAAUCUCAACAUUUCGAUUCCAGUGUUUAGUAUUCAUGGAAAUCAUGAUGAUCCCACAGGGGCAGAUGCACUUUGCGCCUUGGAUAUCUUAAGUUGUGCUGGAUUUGUAAAUCACUUUGGACGUUCAAGGUCUGUGGAGAAGAUAGACAUUAGUCCGGUUUUGCUUCAAAAAGGAAGCACAAAACUUGCUCUAUAUGGCUUAGGAUCCAUUCCGGAUGAAAGACUGUAUCGAAUGUUCGUCAAUAAAAAAGUAACAAUGUUGAGACCAAAAGAAGAUGAGAACUCUUGGUUUAACUUAUUUGUGAUUCAUCAGAACAGGAGUAAACAUGGAAAUACUAACUUCAUUCCAGAACAAUUUUUGGAUGACUUCAUUGAUCUUGUUAUUUGGGGCCACGAACACGAGUGUAAAAUAGCUCCAACCAAAAAUGAACAACAGCUUUUUUAUGUAUCACAACCUGGAAGUUCUGUAGUUACUUCUCUUUCCCCGGGAGAAGCUGUAAAGAAACAUGUGGGUUUGCUGCGUAUUAAAGGAAAGAAGAUGCAUAUGCAGAAAAUUCCUCUUCACACAGUGCGGCAGUUUUAUAUGGAGGAUGUUAUUCUGACUGAUCAUCCAGACAUUUUUAACCCGGAUAAUCCUAAAGUAACCCAAGCCAUACAAAACUUCUGCUUGGAGAAGGUUGAAGAAAUACUUGAAAAUGCUGAGAGGGAACGUCUGGGAAAUCCUCGACAGCCAGAAAAGCCUCUUAUACGACUGCGAGUGGACUACAGUGGAGGUUUUGAACCUUUCAGUGUUCUGCGCUUUAGCCAGAAAUUUGUGGAUCGAGUAGCAAAUCCAAAGGAUGUUAUCCAUUUUUUCAGGCGUAGAGAACAAAAGGAAAACACAGGAGAAGAGAUCAACUUUGGGAAAUUCAUUACAAAGCCUUCAGAAGGAGUAACUCUCAGGGUAGAAGACCUUGUAAAACAAUAUUUUCAAACUGCAGAGAAGAAUGUGCAGCUCUCACUUCUAACAGAAAGGGGAAUGGGUGAAGCAGUACAAGAAUUUGUGGACAAAGAGGAGAAAGAUGCCAUAGAGGAAUUAGUGAAAUACCAGUUGGAAAAAACACAGCGAUUUCUUAAAGAACGUCAUAUUGAUGCCCUAGAAGAUAAAAUCGAUGAAGAGGUACGUCGUUUCAGAGAAAGCAGACAAAAAAAUACUAACGAAGAAGAUGAUGAAGUUCGAGAGGCCAUGACUAGGGCCAGAGCCCUCAGAUCACAGACGGAGGACUCUGCUUCCGCCUUUAGUGCUGAUGACCUUAUGAGCAUAGAUAUGGCAGAACAGAUGGCUGAAAACUCUGAUGAUAGCAUCCCAGAAGCAUCCAACAAAGGAAGAGGUCGAGGAAGAGGCCGGAGAGGAGGAAGAGGGCAGAAUUCAGUGUCCAGAGGAGGGUCUCAGAGAGGAAGAGCACGCACUGGUCUGGAGACAUCUACUCGAAGCAGAAGUUCAAAGGCCACUAUGUCAACAUCUAGAAAUAUGUCUAUUGUAGACGCCUUUAAAUCUACAAGACAGCAGCCCUCCCAAAAUGUUGCUACUAAGAAUUAUUCAGAGGUGAUUGAGGUGGAUGAGUCAGAUGUGGAAGAUGACAUUUCUCCUACCACUUCAAAAACAGAUCAAAGGUGGUCGAACACAUCAUCAUCAAGCAAAAGCAUGUCCCAGAGCCACAUAGCUAAAGGGGUCAAUUUUGAAUCAGAUGAGGACGAUGAUGAUGAUCCUUUUAUGAACACUAGUUCUUUAAGAAGAAACAGAAGAUAAUUAAUGGCACUGUGAAGUUUUCGAGAUUCAGGAAAAGUCAAAAUGUUACAAGCUAAGAGUUUGCAGUUGAAGAUUCUUAAAGUAUUAUUGUUAACUGAAGAAUUUGAAAGAGACUGUCUUAAUACAGAAACUAAUGUAUAAGAAUUUCUGUCAGUAUCAUUUCCUGAACAUGACUCCAUUACUUGAGACUUCCCAGCUCAAGAACAUGUAAAAUAGCAUUGGCUUUCCUUAUUUCUUAAUCUUGAUUGUUAACUCUACCUGGAGAUGCUGUAUAAAAUUUAGGCUGUUAUUUUCCUGGCAUAUAUUAGUGUAUGCCUUAGUCAGAGCUUUGCUUAAAUAUUAUUCUUGAACAAGGAUUAAAAUAAAUAUACCAUUACGCAUUUCUGCUUCACAAUCAAAGACUGUGUCAGUAUUUUAAUGUGGUUACAUUUAGCCAGAGUUGAGAAAAGGAGCCUAUAAAAUUUAACCUCUUUAUAAUUUUAAUAAUUCCUGGAGAUUCUUGAUUUCCUGAAGGUCAAACAAUGUAUGGGAAACUGGGUCUAAGUUCGCUGUUGUUGCUGAGUGUGUGUUCUCUUUCUAAUGCUUGUGAUAGUAUUAGCCAUGGAGACUUUGAAUGGUUAAGAUGUACCUUAUCCUUUGAAUAAUUAUAUAUAAUCUAGUAUUAAAAAAUUGAAUAGACUGUCAGAAUUAUUGAGUUUUUCAUUUCAGUUAAAAGAUUAUGUUCCCAUUGAGUGAGAGUAAUCUUCUCCAUUACUCUCCAUUAUUAUGGUUUUCUUUCUGUAUCUCUCUUAUCUAUUUCUAGGAGGAAAAGGAAUGUAUUUUUUUUAGCGAUAUUGAAGAACUUUAUUAGAAAGAGUGGUCAGUUUAACCUUACGGUCCUAUUGCAUUAAAAUAUUGAAAUAUAACUUCUGUGGAAUAACAAUGCCAAGAUUUCUAGUUAAUGUUUUAUCUUAACGUUAGGCAUGGACAGUUCCAGAAAUCUUAAUGAAGCAGCUCAUGUUAAGUUUAUAUUUUCUUACUUGAAUUCAGGGGGACAUAAGAAUUUGACCUGUUUAGAUUUCAGUUAAAUAAUUCUCCAUUGUAAGACUUUGUUAAAAGACCCCUGAGAGCAUUCCUUCUUUUUACCUAUGAGGAAGGAAUAUUUGAAGGCCCCUGCCUGUCAGAGUUGUAGAUCUUGGCAGUACAACAGCCUAAUACUUCUUUAUAUGUAGAAACAAACAAUUGACUGUGCAGUAUUCAUGAUUAUUGUCAUAGUCAUACCUGGAAUGUGUCAAGUUAUAAAAGAACAUUUGCAUAGGCCACUUUUAUAUUAUAGCCCUAUGAAAUGGCCUAAGUCCACAAUUGUGAUAUAACAUCCUGAGUUUCUUUAAAAAUAUUUUCUAUACCUAACUUGAGCAUAAUGAUUAUUUUAGCAGAUAGCAUUAACUCAGGGGAAGGCACCAUCCUAUAAAAUAUUCUCAGGUACAUCUGCCCACAUCUUUCAUAUUCCCAGUGUUUGAAUGAAGCGGAGAUGAAAUCAGGAGUGAGCACUGCUUUCCAUGGUGGAGUGGAAGCCAGUUUGGGGGGCAGCCUUUGGGUGACUCAGUGUACCCCCUGACAGGUGAGGGUCCUAGUGAAGGAGGUGGCCCUAAAGGAUCCUGAUGGAUUCCUGAUCAAAAAGAAGGCGGCUUUCUGCCUUUCUAAAAAUUGCUCUACAGCAUGAAAGAGGUUCUAAAUGUGAUACCGUCAGCACCUAGGAAAAGUGAUUCCGCAGCAGUUAGGUGAAAUUCCUUUCAAUUAAUUCAGGUCAUUUUGUAACUGGUUAGUGUGUGUGUCACUUCCUAGAGAUACGGUAAAUAAAACAUGAAAGAAAACCCUUUUUGAUUGAAUAUUAUUGCAUAGUUAAUUAUGCCAUAUAUCCUUGAUAUUCCUGUAUUAGUGCAGCACAAUCUAGUCAUUUUUGGACUGUUUCAGACAUGUUACCGUGUAGAGGUGAUUCCAGAUUUCAGAUCACUUGCAGUUGCUCUUGGAGGCUGAGAGAGCAGCGAUGAAAACAUUCUGAGGGAAAAAAUCCAUUUACCACAGAAUAUAGCUCUUGUUUUGUUUCCUAUCAUAAAAAUAUAGUGCAUUUACAAGGUCAUGGAUGUAUUGUAACUCUAGGAAGUAUAAGGUGCUUAGAAAAUUCAAGCAUUUAGGCAUACGACUUAAUUCAGGUUUAUAUAAAACAUUUUUUUCCUAAAUUUUUAAAAUUGCAAAAUACGAUAUCAGAAAAGUCAUGUGGUUUAACAAAUAAUUAUAAAGCGAGCACUCAUGGCAUCUCUAUACAGGUCAGGAAAGAGAAUAUCACUAGUGUCUGAAGCUCAAGUGUUCUGGUCUCUGGGUAACCAGCCUUGACUUCUGUAAUUCAGGAACUCUUUUGCCACAAGGUGGUGCUUCCACCAGAUGGCAUAUAGGAUGAGGCAACUGCGAAUCAAAUUAAAAAGUUAGUGUAGUUUUGUAAUAAAUUUGGAACCUAUGCAAUAAUACUAAACCUAUGCAGUAAUACCAAAGUUAGCCUUUUAAUCUUAUAUGUAAAUUGCUUUACAUAUUUCAUCUGGUUUAACCUGUUCCUAAGGGAAUUGCCAGUUUGAUAAGUUUUACAUAUAAAGGUUCAAGAAGAUGUUUUAUGUUUUAAUAAAGAGAAAAAACUUUUAUUAGAAAAAUUGAAUUAAAGUCUCCCUUUGUAAAUUUUUUCUGUGGAAAUGUACUGUAUUUAAAAAUACCUUUUCCCCAAUGUAAUCUGAUGUCCUUUUUUGUAUCAUUGCUUUUUUCUUUUUGAGGUUUUUUUUUUUUUUCUAUCAUUGUUUUUGGUUCAUAGUGUUGUGUGGCUUUUAAAAGCUAACUACCAUUAAAAUUACUAUAAAAGUUUUAUAGAUGAAGAUUUGGCUUUUUUAGUCCAAAGAGCUUCCCUGUUCUUGAAUGAAAAAUGUCCACAUUUCAUCAUUUGCUUAUCUCAUUCCCUUUUACUAUUUUUGAACUUAAUAUUUAUUACCUAAGUCAGAAAAUACUAGAAUUUUAUUUUGAUCUCUGUGAAACCAGUUCACAUAAUUUGUUAUUGUCAUGCACGUUUGUUUAUCUUUACCAUGGUUGAUCACUGAUCUGAUUUUACUUGUUUUUAAAGUGUAAAGGCAAUGCAUGUUCUUCCAAAUUCAGAUAUUGAAAUAUGUAUCAAAAUGUGUAUAUUUGCCCUUAAUCCCCUCCCCAAACAUAACCUCUCAACAAUUGGGCACUAUUUUUUAAUUCCUUUUGGCAUGACUACUAACAAAAAUUGUCGAAUUAGAACCCCAUAUUGUGUAGUCAGAUAUUUUAGUCCCCAUAUCAAGGUAUAUGUUCACCUUGGUAUUUAUCUUGACAUCCUGAUGUUUCUCCAUCUGCUUUUAAUUAAACUCUCGUCUGUUUUGAGGGAUAAUUGCACAGCUUUCCAGUGUGUAAUUUAGAUGUUAUCACUCAAUUUGUGUCAAAUAAAAACAUAUUUAAUCUCUGCGCCUUGAUGUCAGAAGUGGUAAAGUGAUUUUCAGAUUUUGGCCAUUGAGUGCACAUAAUACUCGAUUAGCUGAAACAAAUGCGGUGGGCAUUAGGCUGCCUGGCCCAGCCACCGUCUUCAGCCGCCCGGAGCCCUGCACAGUCCUGGUGGUUCAUGUGUGGUGCCCAGCGCCAGUGCAUUAGGUACCCUGAUCUCACUGCCUGUUUCAUUUCAAGGGUCUCAUGUUUGUUAUAUUUAAAAACCAUUAUUUUCUCCACUGUAAGCCGAUAAAUGUAACUCCUGCCUACCUAUUAAUGCAUUUGAACUGAUUGCAGGGUGUGUUUGGACUUUGAGAAAAUUGCUAGAGGCAAAAAGCUGUUGCUUGAGAGGCACGACUGCAUUUCUGUUGGUCCUAUGAUAGUCGAGAAAUAGGAGUAGGACUCAUGAAAUGAAGGCAUCCAUUUUACAGUCAUUCCAUAUACUUGGAUGUAGUGUUGUGGAAGUUCAAAACUGUUACUGAAAAUAGCUCUGAAAAUCCUGCUUCUCCAGGCAGGCUUUAAAUUAUAAGUUAUUUUAUAAAUUAACCAAAUGGUAACUUUGUUGUAUACCCUUUUUGUGUAUGACUUCUUUUACACGACAUAUACAUCCAUGUUGCAGCAUGUAUCUGUAGUUUUCACUUUUUCAUUGCUCAUAGCAAUUUACUCUCCUACCAGCAAUAUAGGAGAGUCGUAGGUGCUCUCUAGUCUUGGAAUAGCUUGUAUUGUCAGCCUUUUUAAUUUUAGUCAUACUUGUGGAUAAAGA